GUGGUGCUAGUUUCUUAAAUUGGUUAUAAAAUGAGGAAACAAACCUAGAGAAAACAGUUGACUCCUUCAAGGUUACACACAUUGUGACGGUGUUGCAACGUGUGUCUCUUGGGUUUGCCAAGUAGUUCUCUGAGCCCCACUGAUAACAGGUCAUAAAAUCGUAAGAGCCAUUACCUUGGUUCAGGGUAGAAAAAUAGAUUUAUUUUAAAUAGGUUUGAUCUCUGUGUGCUCUUAAGCAAGUUUGCAAGUUUUUUUGUUUGUUUGUUUGUUGUUUUACAAAAGAUGAUUGGUCACUUCCCUUUGUUUUUAAUGUCACUCCUCUUACGAGAGUUUUGUCUUCCUUUGUUCUGUCUGGUUAAAUCUGUUUUUUCUCUUUUGCAUUCCACUCAACACUGCCCAACCAAUAAUGGCAAAAUCUUGACCUUAGAGUGCUAUGAACUCUAGUCUAAGUGUGGAAGAAGGUUAGUAAAUAUUACCUCUUACAAAAACUUGGUGGGGGGAUGGUGGCUUUUUUUGUUUGUUUAGUUUGCUGUCAUAUGUAAUUCUGCUUACAUACUGUUUUAUGACGUCUUUACUUGAAAGCCCUAAACUUUCAGAUAAUAUUACUGGAACGUGUUUCUCAGAGAUGAGUAGCUACAUUUUUGUGUCUGAGACACAAAGUGGGAAAAUUUUGUGUCUGAAACACUUAGCGUUUCAGGAUAGAAUGGACUAUGUGUAUGUGUGUAGCCUAUUUGACACAGAGAGUAAUUUGGUUUUGUGCCACAUUUAAGUGAAUGAAUGGAGAAAGCAUGGUUUCAGUUCACCAAUCAGAAAUACCAGAAACAACAACAGGUAGUAUUUAUGAGCACUUAACUACUUCAGUUCUGAUACUUUUUAUGAAGUAUCUCACACAACCUUAUGAACUCAGUGCUGUUGUCAGCACUAACUUUUGACAGAGAGGAGCCAGACAUCAAGAGAGGUUCCGCGAGUCACCUCAUAGCUAGGAAAUGGUGGAGUCCAGACUGGAAGCGUGCAAAACUUGUUUUGUCUCAGAAAUUAAUGUUUUCUCUGGGUACCCAGCUUACAGAGAAUGAUCAAGACAUUCUCUGUCUUCAAAGAGUAACUAAUUUACAUUUUAAAUUUAUUUCCUAUCUCUUCUGCUGCACUGUAAGCUUCCUGAAAGCUGGGUGUAUCUCUUUGGCUCGCCUCUGAAUUAUCUGCAGGAAAAGCACUAUGGCAAGCUUAGUUACUAUUGGUUGGAUAAAUGCUUUAUCACAGUGGAGGGAUCUCUAAGGAAUCCCUUUUGCCCCUCCCAGCCCUGUGGCAUACUGAGCUUAUUAAGAUAAAAGUAUUAGUUUUAAAAUGACUUCUCUCCCCCCUUGCCAGGAACAUUUUGCUUUGAAAAAAACUAAAUUCUGCAUACACCAUUUUAAAAACUUUCCCUUUUAGGCUUCACAGUUUUCUAACCUAAGAGCCAUUUUCAUUCCCCUUUUGCAAAGGAGGAAAUCAUUUUAGGGAGGUUCAGCCCUUUCCCCAGUGUCCCACUGGAAGAGGCAGAGCCUGGCUGAGCUGCAGUGUCUCCUAGGCCAGGGGUUUGAAAGAGGGGCUAUGAACACCCUUUCCCAAGGUGGCCAGCCACUACUGACCUUCCCUCCAGGUACUGCCUCCACACUUCUUUUCCCGGCCCCCUUCAGAACUCCACUGUCACACUGAGCAUGGAUACACUUGUCAUUUUCUAGUCUCCUUGUCCCCCACUGAGGCCCCCAGUAUGAUUAAAACUGACCAUCUUCAUCUUGUAAGUCAGGACCGAGUUCUGGGAACACUGCAGGGGGGCGGGUAGGGGGGCACUAGUAUGGUUGGAUAUUUGAAAUAAAGGACAAGUGGAUUUUCUGGAAAAGAAAAACUGAAAGCAUGUGAGCAUAAACACGUCAUGACAGGCUGUUGACUGGCAACGUGUUGGUCCUAAGUGUAGGAACAGAGCAAAUAAGCAAAUUCUAAAUUCGUUAUGACGAUUUAAAAACUGGGGAGAUCUCAGAUUAGCACUAGAUUUGAACUUCCAAAGAUUUCCAGUACUGGGCCCACAGCCUCACAGGCCACAAUGGGGAGGAGCUAAAUGACAGUCACUGUCAGCCUGGCCACGUGCUCCCCGUUUGUCUCCUGUCUCCAUCUGGCCUGGUUCGCUCCUCCAUGUUAUCUGCCAACCCCUGUAUAGGCUUAUGAGGGUGUGACUCCUGGUUCAUAGGAAGUGUGUUCCAGUUACAUAUCAGCCUUGAUCCUCCUUUUAACUGUCUUUGCCCUGUUGGGAGAUGUAAUAAAGUUUUGCUUUGUAUGACAAUUAUAAACAAAGCUUGGGAUUGAUGGUGGAAUGUGAUAGGAGAUCAAAAUAAUUGUAUCCCUUAUCCCUGUAUUCUAGACAACUAUAGUUUCAUCUUGAGAAGUUCUUUGGGAGCAUUUUUAUUGCAUUUUAUUUUUGGCAAUCUACUGCAAAAUGCCAUUAUAGCUUCUAUUUCCCAAUGAAGUAAAAGCGUAUUUGUUUUAUUCUCAUAUGUUCUCAAGAUGUGGUUAUUAUGUUUAUUUUCAUGAUAAAUGAAAUGUAAGACAACAAAAGUACUUCCAAGGCUACCAGCAAAUUGAAAGAACAGUGAAUGAAAUCCAGGUCUUUCGAUCCCAGAGUUGUGGAAUACCCAGUAGGCCUUACUGCCUGCUUAUGUGACUCUUACCUCAGGUUCUGAGUAAACAUAGUAAACAUCUUAUCCAUAACCCUGGCAAUUAGUCAUUGCUUUUAGGCAAAUGAGAGAAUGGUUUCCAAGAUACUGGAAAUCCAGCCGCCAAGGACCACGGUGCUGGAGAGUAAAUGUGUUUGAACCCAUCCACCUCACCCAUCCCUCUCACGUGUGUCCUGAAUCCUGACCUCUCUCUCUUAAGGCUCUCCUCCCCACUUCUACUUGUGUUAGUUAUUAGUUGUUGGUGGAGGGGCAGAUAAGCAUAGUAGUUAAGAGCUUGAACUUUGGAACUGGAUUGCCUGUGUUUAACUCCUGCCUCCAGCCCUUACCUCCUGUGUGAUCUCGGGCCUCUUUUCUCACCUGUAAAAUACAGAUAAUAGUGGUACCUAUCUCACUGGAUUUUUGUGAGAUUUUAAUAAGUUAAUAUAUUGAAAGUGUUCAGAAUGGUGCCUGGGCUGUUUUAUUUUUUUUUUUUUUACUAACAUUCAUUCUGCCUGUCAUCUAAGCUCAAGACUUUAGUCAUGGUUUGUUCUUUCUCUUCCACCCCCCCAUCUCAUCAGUUAGCAAAUCCUGUCACUUGCCUGUCUGCCUGUCCUUGUUUCCAUUCUUAUUGCUUCUUCCCAUUAACAACACCUCUUACCUUCCUCCUUCCAGUUUACAGUCCAUCUUCCUACUUGAUUACUUACACCUUGUUUCUUAUUUGCUUCUUUCUUUAAAAUCUCACUUAAUAUUUACAAUAGGAUAAAGUCCUGGCAUUUGAUACCUUAAUGUGACACAGUCUACCUCCUGCCUUUCCACAUUAGCUAAGGUGGGCCAUGCCAUCUCCCCUCUUCUUUGGGCAUAACUUAGUUUUUUCUGCCUUUGCUUCAUUUCGUUUGUGUUUGUUCUGUAAAUUCAUGAUCUUCCCCUCUUUUAAAGCGAUACUGCUUGCCCCUGGACUGGUUUCCCUUGUUCUUGUUUAGCUUUUCUUACAAUCCUUAUAUACGGUCAUACCUACUACUUCAAUAAAUAAAGCCCAGAUUUCAGUGGCUUAAUGUUAUCAAGUUUAUUUCUCAUUCAUGUGAUAGUUCGGUGUGACUGUCCUCCCGUGCAGAAAUGCAGGGACAUGGCCUCCUUCCAUCCCGUGGCUCUGCCAAUUCCUUAAGGGCUUCUUUCCUGGCAGAGGGGUGAAGUGAGAGCAGAACAGGCAUACUGCUUAACCUCCUGGGCUCUGCAGUGGCCCACCUCACCUACAUGCACAGUCCACUAGUGAGAACGAGUCACCUGAGCCACCUGGAUGUGAAGGCAGUUGGGAUGUGUGCUUCUUGGCUGAGCUGACUUCCUGCCAACAACUCUGCUGUAACAGUAGGUCGUGAAUUCUGGCAUUUUGUUCCCAACAUCACCUUUGGUCACCCUGUGGUAGAAAGCCUCCGAAAGCAGCUAGGCCAGGACCCUUUCUUUGACAUGCACAUGAUGGUGUCCAGGCCGGAACAGUGGGUAAAGCCGAUGGCUGUAGCAGGAGCCAAUCAGUAUACCUUUCAUCUUGAGGCUACUGAGAACCCAGGGGCUUUGAUUAAAGACAUCCGGGAGAAUGGAAUGAAGGUUGGCCUUGCUAUCAAACCAGGAACUACAGUUGAGUAUUUGGCACCAUGGGCUAAUCAGAUAGAUAUGGCCUUGGUUAUGACAGUGGAACCUGGGUUUGGAGGGCAGAAAUUCAUGGAAGAUAUGAUGCCAAAGGUUCACUGGUUGAGGACCCAGUUCCCGUCUUUGGACAUAGAGGUUGAUGGUGGAGUAGGUCCUGACACCAUCCAUAAAUGUGCAGAGGCAGGAGCUAACAUGAUUGUGUCUGGCAGUGCCAUUAUGAGGAGUGAAGACCCCAGAUCUGUGAUCAACCUGUUAAGAAAUGUUUGCUCAGAAGCUGCUCAGAAACGUUCUCUUGAUCGAUGAAACCACAAGGAGUCCAGUCUUUCUGCUCAUGAGAUCUCCUUUUUACUGGAAAACAAGCUAUUGACUACCAAAUCGUACCAUAAUUCAGGCAGUGCUGUUUUUCUGAGCAAUUAUUCAUUCCAGUGACUAAAAUCCACUGUGCAGAAUGUUCCAAGACGUUAGAAAUUGGUGUGUAUAAACUACAUUUUUUAGUGAUGGAAUUUAAAAAUUAGUGUGGUAAAAUACCAUUUUUACUGGGAGACUUUUUAUAAAGAGUAAAAAUAUGGCUGUAUUAAGGUUAUGAACAGAAAUGUUUUAAUGCCCAAGGAAGGCAUAUUAGCUACUAUGAAAAAAAAUGUUUUUUUCUGAAUUUCUAAAAAAGAAUUUUCUGUUGUGUCCUGGCUGUUUCCCAAAAGCAAAGGAAGUCCCUAUGUUUUUCCUGUUUCAUGUCAUUUUUGAUUUGUGUGUGUGCGUGACAACUAAGUUUGGAUCUGGCUGGGUUGGCAUACCUUAUUCUUCUAACUCCUAAAACAUCUAUUUUUCACUUUGCACCUUAUGUUUGAUAUAUAAAAACAAAGUGUGAAGCCCAGGGAUUCUCACGUGGUCUGUUCUGAAAUGCAAGCACAAGCUUUCCCAGGGUUGUUAGCUUUGCUGGAGGGGCAGGUUAUGCAGUGGUUCCGUCCUCCUCCUUGUCCCACCUCCACCCCAUUCCCACUUUCUCUUAAUCACACCCUGUAUUCUAAGGGACAUAAAAUGUUUUGCUACUCUGGACUGAAAAGAAUGGAAGCCUUUUUGGAGGUAAUAGUAAGUUGAAUCCUGACUCUUUCCCCUUUCCAAUUAUUUGACCUUUGCACAUCAAACUAAUCAACCUCUUUGAGUUUCUCUUAACUGAUUUAUAGAUUGAAUAUAAUUAUAAUAACAAUGUAGGAUUGUAUUGAGGAUUAAAAGAGCAUUUUAUAUGUAAAGCUUCCACUACUAGUCCUAGAAUUGUAGGCUAGUAGACUUGAGAAUGUGCAAUACGAAGUAUAGCUAUCGUUAUAUAACUUUAUGUUUGUAGAUCAUAAAGUACAUUGAUACAAUCUCAUCAGUCCUUUAAAUCUGUCCUGUGAGUGGUAGGACAGGUAUUUUUGUCCCCAUUUUAAAAAUGAAGAUGCUAAAGCUUGUCAGCAGGCUGGUACCAUGGAAAGGACCCAGUAGAGCAUAGAAUUUCUGGUCUGUACUCUUUACAGAUGGAGCCCUUGUGAGGUGAAUUACACAAGGAAGCUUCUUGUACUUAACAUUGUCUUAUUUUCAGUCUAACUUUACCCUGUAGCAGAACCAGAUGACUGAGAAUAUUCUGCAUCUAUGGAUUUUGACCCCAAGGAUAUGUAUUUCAUUAAUCCAAGAAGGACCAGGUAGGCUAAGGUAUAACAAGGUACAGAGUUAAUCCAUAAGCUAAAUAUUUAUAAUUGUGUCCCAGAUUACAUUUUGACAGCGGAUAUAUAUUAGCCACUUUAUUGUUGUAAAUGCUCUUGCUGUGUAAAACACAUGGCAGGAAAUAACAGGAGCACUGUCAUUAAGCUUUUUCAGGCUGCUAUGGGUUUUGGAAAAUAAAGUUUGAAAAAUAAGAAUGUUAGCACUUAAAGCACAGAACAGAGCUUGCUUGGUUUCUUCUAUGUUGUGAGGUAAAAAUUUGUUUCUUACUGUUUUUAUUUUGGCUUAGGAAAAGCUUGUGCCAUAGAUGGAUGGCAUUUAAUCAAAUCAGACAACACAAGGCAUAUAGAAAUAACUUUAAUUAAAAAACUUACAUAGACGAUUAUAAUAUCAGACAUGACAAAAAGAUUUGAGUUUUUUUGCCUGGACAACUUGGAUCUGUUCUGGCUUUUGUUUUCUUUUUUAAAAAAUAAAUGUACAGUAAAACUACAAGCAAAAA